GCCCUCCUCCCCUGUCCUUCUCUUUGCCCUUCUGGCCUCCGUCUCGUCAAUCCUCCGCGGCUGGAUCUUAAUCUCACAGCAGUACCUUCACUCAGGAUGGACUCCAGACACCCAAAUCGACUCCUGCUGCUUCUUUCCAGCCUCCUUCACUUCUGGCAGUGUACCACAGGACAGUCAUCAUACAUCAUAGACUCCAUUGGCCUUACGAUCCUACCCAGCAGCACGGUUGACAGUGGGACACCGGUGACUCUACACUGUAAGGCCAGCGUCAGCCAUGACACCUCCCUCCACUUGACUCAGACUUUCCUGUUCAGGCGUAACGGUGUGACCAUUCACACCGCUACGACCACGGAUGACACCGUAUUAUACGAACUGGGCCCAGCCAGGGCCGCUGACUCUGGCAACUAUGAAUGUCAGGUCACAGUCAAAGAAAAGCACAAAACCAGCGUGGAGAAAACCCUCACUGUCACAGGCCUACAGACGCCCAUUCUGCAGUUGAAUAAGAUUACGCUUUUUGAGAGCGAGGAAGUGAUAGCCACCUGCAGCGCUCCAGGUGAAAAAGGUUCCCUCAUCUUCAACUUUUAUCAGAGGUUCAGGACUGGGGAACCACAGCAGAUCAAGCGGGUGGUCUCACAAAGGAACGCAUCAGAGACCAAACUGGCUUUGAGACACAUUGGAGACAGCCACCUGUACUGUGACUAUGGGAUUGCCUUGGUUCCUGACGCUGGGCACUCCAACCACAGCAAUGAGAUUCAAGUGAUUGUAAGAGCAUUGUACAUUUCCCCCAUCAUGAACAUCCUGCCCUCCUCAAAAGUCUAUGAGGGGGAUAUUAUUGAGGUCGUCUGUAAAGUUGUUAGUGCACUAAGGGACGUUGAGGUAUUCCUGAUCAAGGACAAGACGGUCCUCAAAAAAGCCGAAAUCAGCCUCAGUCAUCGAUUCACAGCACAAGAGCAUGACACUGGGGAGCUUGUUUGCAAAGCAGAGUGGAACAAUGUGCAGAAGGAAACCUAUCAAGCAAUCUCAGUCAGUGAGCUGUUUUCAAAGCCGCACCUCACCUUGGAGCCCACGAAUAUAUUUGAAGGAGACCGGUUUAAACUAACCUGCUCUGUGUCCAUUUACGUUCCCGAGAGGAUCAGAAAUGAAACUCUGCAAUUUGCCAUCUACAAAGAUAAAUUAAAAAUCAGCAAUGAAGCAACGUAUACUGGCCUGGCUCAACCCAACGGACAUGGCAACUACACCUGUAAAAUCCAGGCUUCAUCACUUGGACACAGUUUUGUAAAAGAAAGCCAAACACUUGUUAUUAAAGCUAAAGUUCCUGUUUCCAAACCUGUGUUGAGUGUGGUGGGACAUAUGCUGGUGCUGGGAAAACCCUUCCAGCUGCUGUGUCACAGUGACAGUGGGACUCUGCCUAUUGAAUACACCCUCCAUGGGCCUGGCAGACUGCCUGAGAGGAAGGUGCUGAACAACACAGGAGAACGGGCCAUCUUCAACACCUCAGCUAUCACCAGCAGUUCUGACCUGAACCGCUUUUUAUGUCACGCAAAAAACAAACAAGGCAAUCCACCGGUGAUAUCAGGGCAGCAGCUGCUACGAUCGACUAAAAUCAUCGAGCCUGUGUCAGUGCCUCUGUUGACCACCGUCCCCAACAUUGAUGAGAUCUCUGAAGGCCAAGAUGUAACACUUUACUGCAGUGUUUUGAAGGGAACACCUCCCAUCACUUUCACAUGGUACCACACCGAGACCAAAGAGGCUCUCUCUUCCCAGAGCUCCCCAAAACUGAAAGCCGCCCAUGUUAUUAACAAUGUCCAAGGAGCGCACAGAGGGGGAUACUACUGUGUGAGCAACAACCAGGCCAGUGAAUCCAAACAGAGUGCUACUGUCAAGAUUGGAGUGAAGUUGGCUGGUUGGAAAAAAGGUCUUAUUGCAGUCUUCUGCAUCCUGCUCAUACUGGCCUUGAUCCUCGUCAUCGCCUUCAGAAAACGUCUUCUUCAUUUCAAGAGAAAAGGAACUGCUGAGCUGUCAGUCAAGUCAGCCAGCACCAAAACAGAGCGUCUGAGCCUCACCCAAGCAGAAGUCAACAAUAUCGCCAAUGUAACUCCAGGCAUGAUGGGAAAGAGUGUUUGGAGUGAACAUGUAUCAGGCUCUGAGUCGGAUGACCAGAAUAGUGUAACGUCUCCAGAAAAGCUGGAACCACAGUACACAGAAGUUCAGACUAAACAGGCUGAUCCUACCAGAGCUCCAGUAACAAAGGGCACAGACACAGUGUACAGCGAAGUGAGGAACUCCAAGCAUGGUGUUCCGGAACAAACCGAUGGUCAGGGAUCUGUGGAAUAUGCACAACUGAAUCACGAUGCACAGUCCAGCAGUGACCACGGUAACCAUGACAACCACGCUGUCCAAGAUGACCACCUAGAUGAGAUUGACAACGUUGAGGAUGUCACCGAUGCUGACCACUGAGAAUGAAAACAUCAGGAUGUCAGCUAGAUCCGGAAUAUUUAUUCCCUUAUUUAUCUGGCUUAUGAACGAAGCUGGAGUCUUUUGUGCUAAAAAGACCUUAAGAAAAACUCUUAUCAUUUAGUUUUUUUUAAUAUUUUUAUACUGCUUUAAAAAAAAAAAAAAAAAAAAAACAUUCCAAACAAUACAUUUA